AUGAGCAAGGGACUGAACCAUGACCGACAGCAUCUCGGUAUUAUCCUCGCCGAGGGCCAAACCGACUUUAGAGGCAUCGGCGAUCGGCGAUUCUUGAAGGUCGACCUCGACCUGAACCGCAGGAAGCUAACAGUUCGUCUGGAGGCUGGCGUAGCCCAUCACUACUUCAGAGAUACGUAUGCGUCAUUGCAGUACAUGGACGCGGAUUGGAAUGGACUUUUGAGUAUGGAUAUCAAAGUUAUCACAAACCAGAAGACAAAGGCGUGGCCGUUGUCGAUCUCCGGGUACGGUGGCGAGGUGUUGAAGAUCAGACAUGAAGAGCCAGACACUCGCCUCGUGGUGACCAACGAUAUGCAGAAUUGGCGGCUGUCCAGUCGAGAGAAACUGCAGAAUUACCGAAUCAUCUCGACUGGGCUAGAGCGUAUUGCGUAG